GCUCAUCAGAUCACUUGAGCACAAGAUUCAAAGCAUUAUGAUGGAACUUGAACCACAAUCUGCACUAUAAUGGCAAAAGAAUACUUUUCUUCCUGGAUAUUGCUACUAAUGGAAUCAGAUACUAGUGCACAAGUAUUCUGCAUAUUUGCUAUUCCUUCCUUGCAGCUGGUUAACAUGGAUGGGGAGAAUGAUCAUCCAGGUGAAAAGAAGGCAAUAGUUGUUGGGCCAUGGGGUGGUAAUGGAGGGACUGCUUGGGAUGAUGGGAGUUACAGUGGUGUGAGGGAAAUCACACUCGUCUAUGCUCGUUGCAUCGACUCAAUACGUGUAGUUUAUGAUAAAAACGGUGUGCCAGUUUCAGGAGAGAAACAUGGAGGUGUCGGGGGUAACACAACUGCACAGAUCAAGCUGAAGUUUCCAGAGGAGUUCUUGACCACUGUGACAGGCCACUGCUCCCCAGUGGUUUGUGGUGGCAGCCCAGUUAUACGAUCCCUCACGUUUAAGAGCAACCGGAGAACCUUUGGGCCAUUUGGAGUUGAAGAAGGUGUCCCCUUCUCUUUCCCAAUGGAAGGAGGGCAAAUUGUGGGCUUCAAAGGGAGGGCUGGAUGGUACCUGGAUGCCAUUGGUUUUCACAUCGCAAGAGCCAAAAUACGUUUCAUCAUACAAGUUAUCUAAAAUUUGUGUUCAAGACUCCCUGUACCAUACCUGCGUACAUUACAUUUCACCAUAUAAGUAAUAGUUAUGUUGAUGACUA